AUGAAUAUAUAUUCAACACAGAUUGAGAAGUAGAGAUUAUUGGAAGGGUUGUUUGGUAUUUUUGCUGUGUUUGUAUUGAUUGAUAUUAAUUUUUAAUUAAGUGAUUACCCGUUUUUGUGGAAAUAUAUUAUUAAUUUUAUUGAGAUGAAUAAGUUCAUAACCGUAGCUUUGAUUGCUUUAGUGAGUGUUCAAGCGUGGGAUAUUGAUUUUGCACUGUUGUUGUAGACAGGAUCACAAUCAAAUGAUGCUAUUCAAGCAGUCUAUGAUUUAUUGAAUGAUUUGAAGACAAGCAAUAUAGAAGCAUAAGGAUUAGCAGAUGAGAAAAACAUAUCAGACGAGGAAAUUGGAUAAUCCAGAAUUGCAGCUUUAUCAAAAGUGAAUGAAUUGAAUCAAAAGGCUUGGGCAAGUGCAAAGGCAAGAAGAGAGUAAAUCGGAGUUGAAUAUAGAGAAGCAACAGACUACAUUGCUUGGGCUACAUAAAGAUUAGCUGAUAUCGACAGAAGAGAAGUUGAAUUAGAAGAACUCAGAUGUUUCUCAAAUGGUUUGUUUGUAAGAGCAAUUAAAUAACACAACGAUGCUUUGGGAGUCAUCAGAAUAUUAAAGAAUGAUUUGAGCGGAUACUUAACAGGAGCUCCAUCAUCAAUGGUUGAAUUGAAAGUCGAGAAUGUUGCUGACAAAUUGAAACAAUACAGUCAAUUAUUUAAUCAAGAUGCCAUGAGCAAAUUCGCUUAAUUGGCUUCAGAACAAGCCUCAGGAAAUGCUGAAUUACACGCUUUGGGAGAGAGCGAAGGCACAACUGGAGGAGACAGACAACCAGGAGUCAAUGUUGGUCAAUUAGUCUAUAAUGCCUUGAGUGAUUUGGAAGAUCAAUUGAAAUCUGCUUUGGCUGCUUUAGAACAAAAUGAAAUCGCUGGAUAUUAUCAAUUAGCUGAUUGGUUGGCUGACUCUGAAGCUGAGAAGGUUCACUUAUAAGAUGAAAUCUAAAGAAAGACUCAACUCCAAGACAAAUUAGUUGUGUAAGAAUAAGCUGCCCUUGCUGUUUAGGCCAAAGCCAAUUCAGUAUUAAAGGAUUCACAAAAUGCCAUCAAUGCUGCCACAGCUAGUUUAUAUGAGUUGAGAGAACUCUAUGAUACCGAAUUAAAUAGAAGAAAUGAGGAGAACGCCAUCAUCGAUGAAGUGAUCCACAUCUUCAAAUAACAAGUAUUGGAAAUGGCUAACUAAACUUCAUAUGGCAAGAAAUGAAAUAUUAAGAUUAUCAAUAUAAACUGAAUAUUUUAUAUUAAAUAGA